GUGUUCCAGACCUUUUAUCGUAUCCGUUGACGAUAUCAUGUUUCAGAGGCCCGUUGAGGUUGGAUCCUUAUUACUGCUUUCUGGACAGGUCUGUUACACAGAAAAAAACUACAUCCAGGUUCGAGUGCACAGCGAGGUUUAUGAUGCAGAUACCAGGGAGCACCAGACGACCAAUAUCUUCCAUUUUACAUUUGUAUCGGAAAAUGAGGUCCCACGGGUUGUCCCCAAAACUUACGGAGAGUCCAUGUUGUAUUUAGAUGGGAAACGACACUUUGCUGCAACCAUGAAAGAAAUCUGA